AUGAAUCGCAUCUUCAUGGAUUACUUAGACGAGUUUGUCAUCAUAUUCAUCGAUAACAUUCUCAUCUAUUCACCAGAUCUCCACACUCAUGAAGAACACUUGCGGAAAACGCUGUGGAGAUUGAGGGAGAACAAGCUCUAUGUGAAGUUCAGCAAGUGUAGCUUCUGGUUACAGGAGAUUGAAUUUUUGGGUCACGAGAUACCAGCUCAGAGAAUUCAGGUAGAUCCAGCUAAGAUCGAGACGGUCAUGGAUUGGAAGUCUCUGACCUCUGCAAUAGAGAUUAGGAGUUUUCUAGGACUCAAUCGUGAUCUUCUGCUUACCUUUCCCGGGUUUGUAUGGAAACCACUUUCUCAGAGGCUUGUCUUAAUGUGUGCUUGGGAGCCUUUUGUGAUUGGCAUUGCUGUUUUGCUGGGGACAAUGAGCAUCACAAUGAAACCAUUGUUGGAGUCUUUUAGAAACCGGGUUCUGUUCGUGUGUUCUUUUCAUGGUACUAUGAGCAGUCAUCACUGUCGACCGUCAAUUAUACUUGAACGGUGUGGUAUAGGGACGAACUUUUUGGUUCCUUCUUCGAGAUGCUUCAACCCAUCUUCAUUUGAAAGAUUGAGCUUCUCUCGUGGCUUAUUCUUGAAGGGAGUUAAUGGCCAAGGUGCGAGGAAAAGGGUGUUGAAACUUUCGAGUGUGGCCGAUGAUGGGAUGAAUCCGGGUAAUUCUGAUGAUGAUGAUGAAAAGGAACCACUUUCUGAUAAAAUCGAAGAGCAAAAUAAUGAUACGAUUCGGCAAAACCUUGAACGAAUGGUUGGCUCUGAUGACUCUACAUUUAGUGGCUUAGACCUUGCAACACUCAUCAGGAAAAAGUACGGAAAGUCUUAUGACGUUCAACUCAUCAAGAAGGUACUUAUCUGGAAUCGCUCGAAUUGCUGGAGUUUUGCGGUCGUCAACAACCGCCGUCUCCAACAAAUUGAUGGGGAGCAGAGGUCCUUUCCUCUAACCGAAGAAGAAUACAUACUGAGACUUGAUGACGUUGCUAACACGUUGAAAUGCUGGGGAGCUGUGUCGCACAUCCGUAACAGCUUAGCAAAGUCGAAGGAGCGACCUCGAAUAGGGAAGGCUGUGAGCAUUUUCAUAGACAUGGAUGAAACGGGAGGCCGAGCAAAUGAAUGGAUUUACAAGUAGAAUUGAUCGGUGAUGCUUUCAAAAUCCAUUCCUGGACGGAGAGAAGCAAACGAUUUGAUCAGUGUUUGCUUCAUCAGAAUAACAGUUCCACAAGUUUACUUGCAUUUUCAGAUGGUAAUUUCCAGGUCAUUCAUACAUAGCUUCGUGAAUACAAGGUGCUCAAGUGCAUGCGCUCUUUGUAAAAUUUCUGUUGUUGAAUAUUUUUUGUAAUGAAUCCUUUGUAACAAUAGGCUUGUAAAGAGUUAUACUCUUCAAGUCUAUCAUAUGGAUAAAUACGAUAAAUACACAAAGAUAUAAAUAAAGGGGUGAUGCCCACUGUAUCCUAAGUUACAAAAGAA